AUGAUUGCUACCGCUCAAAAACAAUUACCACCUCAUCUCCUCCAUCCGUUCCCUACCACCAGCAUCAUGCCGCAACAGCAACCGCAUGCCUCUUCCUCCAGAGGGGCACCGCCUCCCCCGAUACAGACUGGUGGAAGAGGGAUCAAAGGUUUCUUUUCUCGAACGAAAACUAUGUCACCUGAACCACCUGAAUUACCUGCUUCCCGAUCAAGGUUGAGAUCCUUCAUCAAUGAUACGGCGAGAGCAAGGACCUCUUCGAAACCACAAGCAAUAACUACUCAAGGAAGAACAGGUGUGAGGACUGGAGUCGGUAGAGAUGGGGCGGCUAAAACAGGUCAGAGGACGCUGUGUUCAGAAGUCACAUUAGGUCGCCAACGUUUGGAGAAGGAGCUGGGGAGGGUUAGACCUGUGACACCCACCGAGAGGACACAGCGGCAGAUCAGGUUCAAUCCUACAGCUCUACCAGCUAUGCAGAAAGGAGACGAUGGGAAAUGGCAACCACCAUCAUUGUCAAGAGGUUCAAUGUCAACAUCAGCUCUUGCGACUUUAGUACAGGAUGAAGAUGAUGACAAGACGGCUAGGAAAGGCGGAGAGGAAAGAGCUAGGAAAGAUCAUAAGCACACGUUAUCCAACCUUUUCCAAUCGACUACACGUCAUAAAUCUACAUCAGUAGCUGUUCCGAUAAGGCGACAACCUACGGAUGACCAUAAGACUAUCAAAGCUACUGCGAGGGAUCGCACAAACGACGUUGGACCGGUGUCCACACCCCAAAUUCACAGACCUUCACCAGCAGAUAGUAGUGGGACUUGGCAGCAGAUCUCCCCGCUUCAAACCCCUUCUCGUCAAUCAGUCAUUCGACCGAAUCCCGACAACACCACUAUUAAGGCUCUUCCCCAGUCGAAAUCACCGGUAGAACCUAAAAGACCCACUCAUACUGUCCCGCUACCCCCUACGCCUAUCAGCGCACCUUCUAUGCAACAAUCCAAAUCCGACCCAAUCAGGCAAACUCACACUACCUCUACGAGUCCAACAACUUCUUCCAACUCAAUGCCUCCGCCUCCUGUGCCUACACACGCCCGACAUGACUCCUCGCCAACUUCCAUCUUAUCACACGAACAUUACUUAUUGCGCCUGUCGACUACCUUUAUCGUCAAAUCCCUCACACCUAUCGUCAAAGGGUCAGCUUUCGUGCAGAAUGAUAAGAAUAUAGAGAUGAGGCGAAUAGCAGAUGAUACGUUGACAGCUUUGGCUAGGAUGGAAAAGGCCUGGGGAGCGGAUUGGGUCAGAGCAGCAAAUACCUUGGCCAGUACCCCAUCUUCCACUACGAUCUCGGAGAGUCCAGCGAUCGGAUCUACGGAAGCCAAGGUCAGACUGGUGUAUGUGGGGGAUAGAGCUAAAGAGAGGGAAAGGAAAGCUUGGGUAGAAGCGAUGAAGGAUGGUAUUUUGCUCUGCUUUCUGCUCAAUCACCUCUUCCCUGCUCAACCCUCCCAUAUACCACGCUUGAACGUCACAGAAGAUGGAAUACUCCGAGCUACCAAUCUCACACGGUUCAUCACAGCUUGCCAGACUGUAGGAUUGCCAGAUACUGAUAUCUUCGGCUUGGCGGAUCUGCAAGAGGGUUCCGAAUCGAGUAUAGGUCGAGUUGCACAGACUGUGAUCGCUCUAGCAAGACUCGCUGGACCUCCUGCGGCAGGAAUUUCUCGCGCCAAAUCACCCAACAACUCCAGACCCGGAUCAAGAAGCAAUAGUCGACCUCCUUCGCGAGCUGCUGCAACUUCCACUUCACCGCCUCGCAGUCCGUCUACUAGUCCUCGACGAACUUCAGUUGAGUUGUCCUCCCCAUCCAAGCGGUUGUCAAUUGACAAGAAUAUUGUUUCGCCAAAACCUUUUCCCAACGGGAUCAACAUGGAUCGACAAGGCUCGAAUGAAAGUCAGAAUGAGCUACACACCAAAUUGCAGAUUGCGACGGACGCAAAGGCUGCUGUAGAGUUGGAUGAUCCUUCAUCAUUCAAGACACCAACCACUUCGACCUUUGCUCUGCCACCUACAUCAUCCGAACCACCAGCUAUCAAACGCACACCGCUAUCACGAGCGUCAACGCAGCCAAACGUAUCACCUAUCAGACCGAAAUCACCCACCUCUUCCCCCUCUUCUCGAAGUAUCACUCCUGUCACCCGAACGGGCAAUCUUCAGAUCCGACCAUCCCUUCGACCCAGAAAUACAACAUGCUCUCGCGUAUCCGUUUCUUUCGCCGACAACGAACCUUCUUCACCUCGCAGCGAAAAUGCACCUCAAAGUCCGCUUCCGCUGAUCUCCCAUUCCAGAGAGAGAACCCCAAGUUUGAUCAGUGCUGGUUCAAGAGUUACUUCUUCAAAUUACAGUCGUUCAAGCGCUGCAUAUUCCGUCGCUACCGUCCUAGGAGGUGAUCAUGCGAAUGCUAUCGACUUGACUGAAGAUAUCGAAGAUGAAGCAAUGAUGCAUCAACUACGAGAACGUAGAGCUAGUGAGAAGAAGUUACAAGAGGCUAGGCACAAGAUCAUAGGUACGCUAUUAAGCAGCGAGGACCUACCUGAAGAUCUAAGGAGAGCAGUGAAAGAUAGUCCGGAAAGCCUAGGUCGAGCAAGUGAAGAAGCUAGAAACACAGCUCUCUCCGAUUCACUAGCUGCGUUAGAGGGGAACAAGACUGCCGCUAAUCUCCCUACGAGAAUAGAAACUAGUCCAGGAAGAAGACCUUUAGCUCGAAGAGGGAUGAGUAUCGAGAUUAGUCGACCGAAUGUGAACAGGGUGCUAGAAGAGGAGGAAGUCAGCUCGAAUGGUACUUCGGUAGCUAUGCCUAAUGAUGGAUCACGUCCUUCUGCCUUACGAAGGCUUAGCUCAAACGGCAAAGUCUAUGUGCCCAAACGAUCUGCCUCUCCCGCGUCCAACCUUACCAGUCCUACCGGUACUGCUUUCCCCACUUCGCCAUCGGUACCCAACCCUUCUUACAUGAGCCGAACCACCUCUCUCAAUACGUAUCAGCCUGCUGUAAGCUCAGAGCAGUCCCGUCCAACGGACAAAGCGGAACGUAGACAGUCGGAUGGAUAUCCCCGAAGCAAGCUCCAUCAACAUGGAAGAGAUAUAGCAGUCUCCACUGAGGAAUCAUCCAGACCUUUGCAGAUUCGUAUCAACAGUAUGGUCAACCUACCUGUUUCGGGAAUGGAGAGAUCACCGUCGCUUUACAGGGAGCAUUCGGGUCAGAGUGCGGUGAGAGCCAGCCAAUCUCUUCAGGUGUUGGAAUCUAGAGAGCCUGGAUGUCCAGUUGUCAAAUAUCAACUUGGUAACUGUAUCGGUCGAGGUCAAUUCGGUUCUGUCUAUCGUUCACUGAAUCUUAGUACUGGUCAGAUGGUGGCUAUAAAGCGGAUCAGACUUCAUGGAAUGAGGGAAGAUGAAGUCACAGACGUGAUGAAAGAAGUGGAAUUGCUCAAACGACUAUCGCACCCUAGUAUCGUAAAGUACGAGGGGAUGUCAAGGGAUGAGGAGUACCUGAACAUCGUGCUUGAAUUUGUCGAGAACGGAUCUCUUGGUCAAACACUAAAGUCUUUCGGUAAUUUCAACGAACGAUUAGUCUCAUCGUAUGUAGCGAAGACCUUGGAAGGAUUGGAUUACCUUCACUCUCAAGGUGUUGUACAUUGCGAUUUGAAAGCUGCCAAUAUCCUCUCAACGAAGAACGGCAAUGUCAAACUGUCAGAUUUCGGUGUUUCGCUCAAUAUGAAAGCUGUAGAGAACAUUAAGCAGGAUGCGAAGACUGCUGGGAAAGAGGGAGGAAAGAAGAGAGUAUCGGAAGUUGCAGGUACACCGAACUGGAUGGCCCCUGAAGUCAUAUCACUCGCUGGUGCCUCCUUUGCCUCGGAUAUAUGGUCCCUUGGAUGCACAGUCAUUGAGUUGUUAACUGGUAAACCCCCUUACUCCGAGAUCACCAAUAGUAUGACGGUCCUUUUCCGAAUUGUAGAGGAUGAAAUGCCACCACUGCCUGAAGGUAUAUCAGAUGCUUUGGUGGACUUCCUUAAAUUGUGCUUUAUCAAAGAUCCCAAUGCUCGGCCUCCCGCUGUAAUGCUAUUUGAACACCCUUGGGUCAAGGGACUGAUUCCAGAACUACAGGCACUUCGGCCUCAAGAUAGUGUUCCAUUUCUACGACGAGUCAGUAUGGAUCUUCGACGCGUAGACAGUCAGAGGCUGUUCGACAAUGGUAAUCUCAGUCCUUCUCUGGAUGGUGCUCCGGAUGGUAGACCACACAGACAUAGUAUGGCAAGUUCUCAUGCUAGAGAUGGCAGUGGGUCGGAUAAAAGUCAUGUGCUCGUCAAGACUUCUUUCGGUAAAGCCAUCCCAUGUCGAGUCUGUCUGAUCGACGUCAAGAAAAGUGGUGUUCUAUGCCAAGAUUGUGGCUUGAUUGCUCACACCUCCUGCGCAUCAAAGGCUUCACCCCGAUGUGACAUACACGAACAACUCGCCUUGUUCACUCGUCAACAGGAAAUCCUCCAAUCCCUAUCACCACCCAGGAUCGCAUCGCCUCAGCCCAGUUUCAGUUUCGAGAAUCGCGAAGGAGGAACCCCAUUGACGGCUUUACCAGCUAAACUUUUGAAUGGGAUUAUAAGAUCGAAGUCCCGAGGUGGAUUACAUUCCGCAGGGACGUCAAGUCCAUCACAGCUCGAUUUGAAUGCGAUCGGUGGUGAGACCAGACGUAAAGCUGGUAUGUACGGGAAUGGAUUCAUCAGUAGACCAAGUCUGGAUUCCCAUCAACAGCAACUGCCAUCAUCGAGGUCCACGAGUUUCAACCUACAAGACCAUCAUCGAUCUUCGAUGUAUAGUAAUAUGACGGAAUAUGAUAAUGAUUUAAACGAAGCUAGGAGGAGAAGUGGUGUACAUUUCGAACUUGGUGAAUCCAUACCUGGUGCUAUGCCAUUCCCUUAUAACCAUGCCAAUGGCGCAGGGGCACCGGUCGAGUUGACUGCUGAGAAUUUGGCAUUAGUAGGACAGAUGAAUAAUAUUUUGGAAAAUUCUUCCAGAACGGGAGGGGGACAUGUAAGAUCGAGAGAAAGUAAGAGUGACUGUUGCAUACAGUGA